GGGAAAUACCAUAAACAAACUGGCUUCAGUCUACUUGAACGACUGUUUUGUCUUUCACGAAAAACGGAUUUAACACCGACUUUUGAAUAGCUACGUUGUCCGUGCGGUCGCUCGAAGCUUCAGGACACAGUCCCGGUGUAUUCUACCCGGAGGGAGGGACGUUUAGCUCGGACAUAUUUUGCGAAUUGACCUGACUGCAGCUGUGCCGCUUUCAGAGACCAUGUCUGAUUUCAUUCUGGUGCUGCUCAUAAUUGCCCUCCUGGUGUGUCUCAUUGUGACAGUGGGGGGCUUACUGCUGUACUCAGGGCUCCUGACAGAGGUGGUUAUUAAGACCGGGCCGCCUCCGAUCAAAAAUGUUACCUUUGCUUAUAAGUUCAAAGAGGGAUCAUACAAGGACUGCGGUGCAGCCUACACAGAGAGCUGCAGCAUUGGGCCGAAGCUGACCUCCAUCGCUGUCUUCUACGAUGACCCCAAGCAGAGGCCUCCAGAGAAAUGUCGCUACGUGGUGGGCAGCAUCCUGUGCGAGGGUGAAGAGAAGCCAGAUGAAGAACUGCAGAAGCUGUAUGAGAAAUUUGGCUUCAAGCUGUUUUCUCUGCCAGAAGUGAGCCACACUGUGACCACCAGCUUCCCCUGCACCACGCCUCUGUCCCACGUGCUGGGACCUUACCGGGUCUACCCCAGACUCUCUUCCUACAUAGAGGUACAGACACAUAUGAGACGAUGUGGGCAGAAUGUGAAAAUAUAUUAUAUAUAUAUAUUUUAUAUAUAUUGGAGUAAUUCUAAGCCUCUUUAGCCACAGGGCAUGUUGAACCUCUGAGCCUCAAGCAGUUUUUUUGCUCCUGUCACCUUUUUAUUCACUGUGGGCUAAUUUCUAAAGUCUAAAGUCCUGCACCUGUAUAGGAACCAUGGCUAGAUGUAGAAAGAGUUAACAAUGCCUUUUGUGCAGUAAACCAGAGUUAUAAAGCCAUAAACCUGAAAAA